GUUGAAGCUUCCCCGACUUUUCCGCCGUCGCCACCCCGGCCGACUCGCAGUCUCGGCCUCUCUUCCCGCCAGAGAGCGAGCUCGGGUCGCGCAGGGGACAGGAGAGCUGGACCCGGUUCCCUCUCGAAUGAGGUGCUGACAGCUGCUCUUGCGGUUGGUCCCCUUCAUCGAAACAGAACCCCCCGACAACUUAGCCAGAAUGGGUCGCAUGCACAACCCCCACAAGGGUAUCGCGGGCUCUGCCCUCCCGUACAAGCGCUCGGCGCCGCGCUGGCUCAAGACCUCGCCCGACGAGAUCAAGGAGCAGAUCUUCAAGCUCGCGCGCAAGGGCCUCACGCCGUCGCAGAUCGGCGUCAUCCUCCGCGACUCGCACGGCGUCGCCCAGGUCAAGUCGGUCACCGGUAACAAGAUCCUCCGCAUCCUCAAGACGGCCGGCCUCGCGCCCCAGAUCCCCGAGGACCUGUACCACCUCAUCAAGAAGGCCGUCCAGGUUCGCAAGCACCUCGAGCGCAACCGCCACGACAAGGACUCCAAGUUCCGCCUGAUUCUCAUCGAGUCGCGUAUCCACCGCCUCGCGCGCUACUACCGCACCAAGUCGCAGCUCCCGCCCACGUUCAAGUACGAGGCCGCGACCGCGUCGACCCUCAUUGCCUAAACCUGCGUCGCUCGCGACCGGGAUCGGGUGGUACCUUGGGAAGGGGUUUUUGGGGGCGCGAGGGCUGCCAAUACAGUCGUUGGGCUGCUUCC